AUGACGGGGCUCAGGAUUUGGGUUGCGUUUGGCCGGCGGAUUGGGCACACGGUACGCGUGGGGGCCCUGCAACUGCAGCCGCGGCUCUUCAGUCACGUUUCCACAUUCAGAGGCGGUAAAGAAGACCCUGUCCCCGUGGAUGAAUGGGAUAUACACGGCGGCACGAGGGAAGCAGUGGAGAGACAGUUUGAAAAUAUUACCAAAAGUGUCAAUGAACACGAUUUACGCAGCCUAGAGACUAAGGCGUCGGUAAACAGCCAACACAAGGACAGUGAGAGGGACAGGGACAGGGACAGGCGAGGUAAAAGUAGAAACAUGUACAAACAGAACGAGAGAAGUGUGUUUAUGCCGAGGGACUCUAUCCUAUUAGCCACGGAGACGUUGAAUCGCAUGGCCGGUCUGUUACCAUAUAACCUCUCACUGGAGGUGGUGAUGGCUGUGGACGCGGGGCUCGGGGAAUUACCCACGUUCUCCUCCUCUACCCCGGUCAGUGAAGACCCUAUGUCGUUUCUGGAGAGUGUUUGUCAUACUGUUAUAGUCCAUGGAGUUUCUGCUAUGAUGGCUUUUCCUCAGACCAGGGACGACCUGGUGAAGUUGGAAUUCAUCGCGUCAACGCUUCAGAUUCCUGUCAUCAGUGUUGUCCAAGACGUAUUCAAACGGCAGAGUAAGUCAGUGCUAGAAGUACACACAUCAGAGGACUACAAGUACAGGCAGCAGAGGGCUACGAGUACAGGCAUCAGAGGGCUACGAGUACAGGCAUCAGAGGGCUACGAGUACAGGCAUCAGAGGGCUACGAGUACAGGCAUCAGAGGACUACGAGUACAGGCAUCAGAGGACUACGAGUACAGGCAUCAGAGGGCUACGAGUACAGGCAUCAGAGGACUACGAGUACAGGCAGCAGAGGACUACGAGUACACGCAGCAGAGGACUACGAGUACCGCAGCAGAGGACUACGAGUACCGCAGCAGAGGACUACGAGUACCGUCAGCAGAGGACUACGAGUACCGUCAGCAGAGGACUACGAGUACCGUCAGCAGAGGACUACGAGUACCGUCAGCAGAGGACUACGAGUACCGUCAGCAGAGGACUACGAGUACCGUCAGCAGAGGACUACGAGUACAGGCAGCAGAGGACUACGAGUACAGGCAGCAGAGGACUACGAUGCGCCUCCACGGUCCAGUAUACCCCGUGCCAGUUCUGCGCACCCGGUCCUCAAACCCUCUUCAUUUCCAGAUGCCGAUGCAGAACCCGGCCCUGCCCCAGGUGGAGCUGCUCUACUCCCUGCUGGUGAUCAACAGCUGGUAUGACGUCAGCCUCCUGCUCUGUCAGGAAUGGAACGUCUCCAACUUCCUGGUUCGUCUCCGUAACAACACUAAGUUCCACCUGGGCUCUGUGGUCAACAUCACCACCUACACUACCUCCUCUGGAUCUCACCCCAACAGCUCUGUCGCCAUGGCUGACUUAUACACCUCUCUGCAGGGAUACCUGGAGUCCAUCAAGGAGUCCACGUCCACGGUCGUAACAUUCGGCUGCGACAUCCGGGACAUCAAGAGGAUCUUUAAUGUGGUGACCAAGCUGGGCCUGAUGCUGCCAGAGUACCACUGGGUGUUGGGGGAUACGCAGGACGUGGAGGAGCUGAGGACCGAGGGGCUGCCGGCGGGACUGCUGGCCCAUGGCAGGAUGGGGGCUCCCUCCCUGGAUCAUUACGUCCAGGAUGGGCUGGAGCUGGUGGCCCGGGUGGUAGGGUCAGCUGCGUACCGCUCCCCUGAGCUAGCUCUCAUCCCCUCCAUCACCAACUGCAUGGAUACACAGAGCAGCCAGAGCAGAAACAUGACCUCAGGGAAAUAUCUGUCCAGGUUUCUGUCCAACACGUCGUUUGAUGGUCUGAGCGGUUUCAUCUCGUCCCAGGAGGAGACAGUGAUCUCCUCAGAAAGCCAUCACUUCAUCUGGUCCCUGCAACACGACCCCAUAGGGAACCCCAUGUGGACCAGGCUGGGCCGAUGGAAGCAUGACAGGGUGCUACUGGACUAUGCUGCCUGGACCAACAAACAGGCAUCCUAUCAGGGCGGGGACUGGAGGUCCCCGCCGCGACUCCAUCUGCGGGUGGUCACCCUGGUGGAGCACCCCUUCGUCUUCACCCGGGAGGUGGAUGAGGACGGUCUCUGUCCCGCUGGUCAGCUCUGCCUGGACCCCCUCACUAACAACACAGCCCUGCUCCAGUCUCUCUUCCUCCAGAUGCGGGGGCCUAACUAUAGCUUUCCCGUGGAGUAUAAGAAGUGUUGCUACGGCUACUGCAUCGAUCUACUGGAGAAACUAGCGGAGGACAUGGGAUUUGACUUCGACCUGUAUAUUGUAGGCGACGGCAAGUACGGUGGGUUUAAGAACGGACGUUGGACAGGGCUGGUGGGAGAUCUUCUCAGCGGAGCGGCCCACCUGGCGGUCACAUCCUUCAGUAUAAACUCGGCCCGGAGCAGGGUUAUAGACUUCACCUCCCCGUUCUUCUCCACCUCUCUGGGCAUCCUCGUACGGACCCGGGACACGGCCGCGCCCAUCGGGGCCUUCAUGUGGCCCCUGCACUGGUCUAUGUGGCUGGGUAUAUUCGUCUCUCUACAUGUUACUGCCGUAUUCCUGACCAUCUACGAGUGGAACAGUCCGUUUGGGAUGACGCCGCGAGGCAGGAACAGAGAUAAGGUGUUCUCCUUCUCCUCGGCUCUGAACGUCUGCUAUGCCAUCCUGUUUGGCCGUACAGCUGCCAUUAAACCUCCUAAGUGCUGGACGGGGCGGUUCCUCAUGAAUCUCUGGGCUAUCUUCUGCCUGUUCUGUCUGUCCACCUACACAGCCAAUCUGGCUGCUGUAAUGGUGGGGGAGAAGACCUUCCAGCAACUCUCAGGAAUACACGAUCCAAAGCUUCAUCACCCGUCACAGGGGUUCCGCUUCGCCACGGUCCGGGAGAGCAGUGCCGAGGAUUACCUGAAGAAAAGCUUUCCAGAGAUGCACGAAUACAUGAGACGAUACAAUGUACCAGCAACCCCAGGUGGAAUAGAACAUCUGAAGCAUGAUCCACAGCAACUGGAUGCUUUCAUCAUGGACAAGGCCUUACUAGACCACGAGGUGUCUAUAGAUGCAGAAUGCAAGACACUCACCGUGGGGAAACCAUUUGCAAUUGAAGGUUACGGCAUCGGCCUGCGCCAGAACUCUCCGCUGACCUCUAAUAUCUCAGAGCUGGUGAGCCAGUACAAGUCAGACGGCUUCAUAGACAUGCUGCAUGAUAAGUGGUACAAGGUGGUGCCCUGUGGGAAACGGAGCUUCGCAGUCACAGAGACCCUACAGAUGGGCAUUAAGCAUUUCUCAGGCCUGUUUUUGAUGCUGUGUGUUGGGCUGGGUCUGUCUCUCCUCACCACCCUGGCUGAACAUAUCAUCUACCGUUUCGUCAUCCCCAGAGUCAAGGACCCCAAGUUGAAGUACUGGCUUCAUACUAGUCAGAGGUUACAUCGAGCAAUGAACUCAUCUUUCAAUGAUGAUAAACUGCAGACCGUAGCCAAGCCAGAAGAAAGGUGCAUCAUGGGUAACAACCAACAACAACUGCAGCCAUGUAACAGCUCCAACUGCAACAGGAAGAAGAUCCCACCUCAGGAGUCCCAGCUAAACGUUAUGGAGUCUCCUCCCUGUGAUUGCUCUCCUCCUCCUCCCUCAGCCCUUCCACCUCCUUCCUCUCUUCCUCCUUCUCCUCAGGUGAAGAGCGUGGUCCCCCGGCAGGUAACCUCCAACGGGAGGACAGACCUGGUCCAGGUGGGUCUGCAGGCCAGGACCAACCCCAUGCUGCAGGAGCUGUCAGAGCUGGAGACACACAUCACCAUCAUCAAACAGCAGCUGCACAUCGCCAUGACGAAGAAGAGGGAGCUGGAGCUACCAGGAGACACACAACUAGAGGAGAGGACUGGUACCAGGAGACACACAACUAGAGGAGAGGACUGGUACCAGGAGACACACACACACAGGAACACUGAGUCUGAGAGCAGCACAGAGGACCAGCAGGAGGACAACCAGCCUGAGACCCAGAGACCAGCCAGACUCACUCAAAACCCAGAGCCCUCUACCCAGACACCCAGACCCAGAGCCCUGUACCCAAACCCAGAGCCCUCUACCCAGACACCCAGACCCAUGUACCCAGACCCAGAGCCCUGUACCCAAACCCAGAGCCCUGUACCCAGACAAUCAGACCCAGAGCCCUCUACCCAGACACCCAGACCCAGAGCCCUGUACCCAAACCCAGAGCCCUCUGCCCAGACACCUAAACCCAGAGCCCUCUACCCAGACACCCAGACCCAGAGUCCUCUACCCAGACAUCCAAACCCAGAGCCCUCUGCCCAGACACCCAGACCCAGAGCCCUCUACCCAGACACCUCUACCCAGAUACCCAGGUUCCCAGACCCAGAGCCCUCUACCCAGACACCCAGACCCAGAGUCCUUUACCCAGACACCCAGACCCAGAGCCCUGUACCCAGACAAUCAGACCCAGAGCCCUGUACCCAGACACCCAGAGCCCUCUACCCAGACACUCGGACCCAGAGCCCUCUACCCAGACACCCGGACCCAGAACCCUCUACCCAGACACCCAGAGCCCUCUACCCAGACACCCAGACCCAGAGCCCUCUACCCAGACCCAGAGCCCUCCACCCAGACCCAGAGCCCUCUACCCAGACACCCAGACCCAGAGCCCUCUACUCAGAGCCCUGUACCCAGACAAUCAGACCCAGAGCCCUCUACCCAGACACCCAGACCCAGAGCCCUGUACCCAAACCCAGAGCCCUCUGCCCAGACACCCAAACCCAGAGCCCUCUACCCAGACACCCAGACCCAGAGUCCUCUACCCAGACAUCCAAACCCAGAGCCCUCUGCCCAGACACCCAGACCCAGAGCCCUCUACCCAGACACCUCUACCCAGAUACCCAGACCCAGGUUCCCAGACCCAGAGCCCUCUACCCAGACACCCAGACCCAGAGUCCUUUACCCAGACCCAGAGCCCUGUACCCAGACCCAGAGUCCUGUACCCAGACAAUCAGACCCAGAGCCCUGUACCCAGACACCCAGAGCCCUCUACCCAGACACCCGGACCCAGAGCCCUCUACCCAGACACCCGGACCCAGAGCCCUCUACCCAGACACCCGGACCCAGAGCCCUCUAACCAGACACCCAGACCCAGAGCCCUCUACCCAGACACCCAGACCCAGAGCCCUCUACUCAGAGCUCUGUACCCAGACAAUCAGACCUAGAAGCCCUGUACCAGAGGAACAUGGUGUGUCCUGA